AUGGGGAGGUGGUUGCUGAUAUUGAUUGGACUAUUAGUGAGCAGUUUGUGCCAAGGAAAAGAAAAGAUAAACCAUAGACAGAAAAGAAUUCUGUGGAUCACUAAUGAUGGCAGGCUUGCACUUCCUCCUGGUACUCUCCUCACCAUUACUCCAACUAUCUCCAUGCCAUUUGUCAGGUACCCUCCAGAAGGAUUUCUUUCCAACAUGACCAUCAGCCUCCCAUUCACAAUUAAUUUUGACAUGCUCGGUCUAACGGAUAAUCAGAAUCCAUAUGGAGCUUUACCUCCAAUAAUUGCUAGAGGCUUGGGAAGAAGUGCUGGAGCCCUUCUUGCCGAUUAUGUUGCAAGUCUAUUUAAUACCAAAAGAUCAUCUCGAGCAACAUCAGAAAACAUACCACCUAACCCAGCAAGCUUAUUUCAUGGAGGAGAAAGAGCACUAUUGUAUGUUGUUGUUGAGGACUUUCUCUCAAACUUCGGACUUGAUGGAAAAGCAUGCCUUUUAAGAGCAAUAUGUGAAGUUCAUGGAUACUCUUUGCGAAAUCUUGGCUUUUUUGGAGAAAUAUUAAAACUAUUUUUUACGGCCAGUAAAUCUCCAUUUGCUGACAUUUUAAGUGAUUAUGUUAAGGCAGAGAAACAGGGUUUGGAGCAUGGAGAAUGUUUUCCAUAUUACAAAAAGUGUCCUAAAUCACUUUUUUUAGCUUCAAACAACAAUCCAUAUGUAAUGAAGGACUCAGAACAUAAUGUUGAUGAGGAAGUACCAGAAGAAGAUCUAGAAGAAACAUCGAAGUUAUCUUUUUCAAAACAUGUCCUUGAUAAUAAAAAUGCCAUGUAG